AUGAGAGCUGUCUGGUUUUUUGUUCCAUUAUCUUUGGCCCAGUUUGUAUUGGCCAGUUUGGCCGGUCCUGUGGUCAAUACAUCCUAUGGCCAGGUUCAGGGUGCCGUCUCUCAGUACCGCAAAGAUGUAAAUGUCUUCCGAGGCAUGCCAUAUGCUAGCCCUCCGACUGGUGAAAAUCGGUUCAAAGCUCCCCAAGAGCCGCAAGCGUGGCAUGGGAUCCGGAACGCGACAGUAUUUGGCCCGCAGUGUGUGCAAAUCAGCUCAUCUGCUUCGAUCUUUACUACGGGCUCCACUGUAAUGAGUGAGGACUGUCUAUCCAUCAACGUCUGGGCGCCGUCAAACGCCACCUCUAAGUCAAAGCUUCCGGUAUACUUCUGGAUCUACGGUGGGCGUUAUUUCGAGGGCUCCGGCGAUGUCCCCACAUACGAUGGCUCCAACAUGGCUUCUAAAGAUAUCAUUGUGGUGACUUUCAAUUAUCGUCUGGGGAUUCUCGGUUACUUCGCACACCCUGAGCUUUCUGCAGAGUCCAUGCAUAACAGCUCUGGCAACUAUGGCAUGCUGGACAUGGUUGCAGCGUUGGAAUGGACUCACAAGAAUAUUGCCAGCUUUGGGGGUGAUCCGGAGCAUAUCACCGUCGGUGGCCAGUCAGCUGGUUCCUGUGGUGCGUUAGACAUGAUGCUUAGCCCAUUGGCUGAAGGACUUGGGGUGGUUGGCAUCAUUUCUGAGACAGGAGCUCGGGGAACCCACGACCCUUCGAUGGCCGGCUCUUCUACCAGCUAUCGCCAAAAGACUGACGCCGAAUCUUAUGGUGUGACUUUCCUUGAGGAUACCCUCAACCUGACUUCCAUAGAGGAGCUACGACAAGUACCAUACACGACACUUGUUGAGUACUAUCCACUCAAUGGAGACUAUUACGAGAGCACACCACUGGCCAACAUUAGUGCUUUUAUGGAGCCUCCAAUUUGGCGGCCUGUCUUGGAUGGCUAUGCAAUGCCGUACAGCUAUUCAGAUGCGCUGAAGUACAAUGCCCAUAAAGAUGUGCCUAUUCUGACUGGUAACAACGCGGAUGAGUCUGGCGCCCAAGUGACCCAAAGCUACAACGUCUCUACAUACAACACCACAUUCGGCGAAAUGUACGGCAAUAUGGCUGAUGAAUUCUUCAAGCUAUUUCCCGCUACUGGCAAUACCUCCGAUGUCACCGAAGUAGUGAACGCAAUGUAUCGAUCUCUCAGUCGUGUGGGAACCUGGACAUGGGCACUGGACUGGCAUAAAGGUGGUGCCAAAAGUGAUAUUUACACUUACUACUGGACACAUGCACCCCCAAUCGGUGGACAGGGAGCCUAUCACGGAUCAGAGCUAUACUACGCCUUUGGCGUGAUCCCUUAUGUCGAUUCAAGCGCAUCUUGGACUGAGACGGACUAUGCCGUCCAGAAGAAGAUGUCCUCCUAUUGGGCAAACUUUAUCAAAACUGGCAAUCCCAAUGGUCGAGACUUGCCCUUUUGGAGCCCAAGUCAGAAUGCGACAAAGACAAUGUGGCUCGGCAAUUCCUGGGGAAAUGAUGAAAUCGCUGCGAGUACAGAGAGAGUUCAAUUCAUAUUGGACUAUUACAAGACAUUGCCCGCUUGGUGA